AAUAUAUUUGUGCGACAGCUCAUAGCGCUCCUAUAGGUGUUACACUACAAUAGUGCCGGCGGAAGUGAGUAGAACCAGCCGCGCGGCCUGUUUCGUGAAAAUGUCGACCGGGGUGGGAAAACACAAGAUGCUGUCUCUGGGUCCGACUGAACCCUGGUCAGUUCGGGAGAAGCUCUGUCUGGCCUCCUCAGUGAUGAGAAGCGGAGAUCAGAACUGGGUGUCAGUAAGCAGAGCCAUCAAGCCGUUCUCAGAGUCUGGACGACCCCCAGACUGGUUCUCUCAGAAGCAUUGUGCCUCACAAUAUUCUGAGCUGCUGGAAACCACAGAGGCCCCAAAACGUAAACGGGGUGAGAAAGGGGAGGUGGUCGAGACCAUUGAAGACGUGAUUGUGCGCAGAUUGACAGCAGAGAGGAUCGAGGAACUCAAGAGGCUGAUUAAAGACACACAGGAGAAAUACAGGAAACUGAAGAAAGAGGUAGAUUUGAUCCAGGCAGGUCAUAUGGACCCUAAACUGGAGGAGCUGUGGGCAGAUAUAGAGCUAAAGAGGAAGCAGGAAGAAGAGGAGGCUGAGCAGAAGAAAAGGGCAACUGAGGCAGCAUAUCAGGUUCGCCAGGCAGCUAAAAACACACCAAAGAGAGUUCCCAGCGUGACAGUACGUUCUCCACCCAGUGCUAGUUCUGCCUGCAUGGAUGUCUCACAGCCAGACACAUUGCAGCCAAUGACGGACGAAUCCUGUUCCAGUCCAAAGGCUCAAGGACUGUCCGUCUUCAUGCCUGUGUCAGAGGUCACGGGUCCAGGGCCUAAAGAGUCAGGUCUGAGCCCUCUGGUAGAUGACUCUCCACAGAAGAAGCACCUUGCCCCGAAAGCCACACCACCUCCCUCCCCGCUGCUGUCUGAAUUGCUGAAGAAGGGCAGUCUCAUCGCUGCCAGCUCUAGACUGGUGGUUGAAGGGGACGUGGCCACGGGUUUGAGUAAUGGAUCUCAUGGAGUUGAGCUUCACACUGCUGCAACUGCUCUGCCUGCUAAUCAAGACAUUACAGCAGAUGCUCCUACAUUAUCUCGUCUGUUGGAGAGUGCCACCCCAGUGCAGCAACCUGUCAUUGCUGAUCCCACUAAACCCCCCACAGUGGUCCCCCCAGCCCCGGACCACCUCUCUGUGCCCAAAACAGGAGCUGUAGCCGUUGCUGAAGGUUCUGGAGCAGAAGCAGUAAUGGCAGGGUCAUCCACGCUGGCAGACGUGGAGGGGAAAGAGGCCGAGCUGGUGGAGGUGUCAUACAUGGCUCACGAACUGGACCUGGAGACAGUGGGAGACAUCAUUGCAAUCAUAGAGGAGAAGGUGGAUGAUCCUGUGGAGGUUUUGGACGCAGCUGCGGUGGAGGCGGCUCUCUCUCUCUGUGAGGACCCAGUGGUCGGGGGCCACUCCCUCACCAGCCCUUGGGAGUCACAGACCUUUAAGGCAGAACCAGAGCCCAUCGUCCAGCAGAGUCCUGCCCCAGCGGUUCCACAGAGCUGCCCUGACCCUGCAGGUGUGCAGGGAGAAAUGGAGGUUCUGGUAGAGGAGGCUACAGAAACCGAAGUGCUUGACGGAGUGACAGGCGACACUGUGGUGCCUGCCGCCCCUAAUACAGAGCAAAGCCAGGACUCUGAGAUUAAGAUUAAGAUUGAGAGCGAGCGGCAAGGAGAGGGAGAAGGAGGGAUGGAGGAAAAGCAGCAGGAGAACAGAACCCCGAUUCUGGCCGUGAAGUGUGAGGGGGAAGACUGGGUUCAGCCAGAGACUGUGACGCCCUGUCUGGACUCAGAAGAUAGCUCAGCCUCGGCAAAAGACACAAAGGUGAAGGAAGAGGAUGUUGGCAGUGAGAUGGAUGUGGAUGAAGGGAUGGAGAUGAAAGAUUGUGGCGAUGGGGACGGAGAAGGGCCGUAUCUCUCUGAGGUCGAUCCUCCUGCCAGUGAGAGUGAGGAUGGAUACGGCAGUCACUCUCAGCGCUACACUACAGCGGACUCCACCGCCAGCAGCCCAGCCUCAUCACAGUUCUCCAUGUGUAGUGAAGAUCAAGAGGCCUUGCAGGCUCAGAAGAUCUGGAAGAAAGCCAUCAUGCUGGUGUGGCGGGCAGCGGCCAAUCACAGGUAUGCAAGUGUGUUUCUGCAACCUGUGUCUGAUGACAUCGCCCCAGGUUAUCACAGCAUCGUACACAGACCGAUGGACCUAUCAGCCAUCAAGAAGAACAUUGAGUCUGGGCAGAUCCGCACGACGGCGGAGUUCCAGCGUGACAUCAUGCUGAUGUUCCAGAACGCGGUGAUGUAUAACAGCUCGGAUCACGAUGUCUACCACAUGGCCCUGGAGAUGCAGAGGGAUGUUCUGGAACAGAUCCAGCAGUUCUUGGCUACUCAGCUGAUCAUGCAAACAUCAGAAUCGGGCAUCAGCACCAAGAGCCUGCGCGGAAGGGAGGCCAACCGCAAACAAGACCCCAAUGAGAAGACCCUGAGUCCUGCACACAAAGACCCUCAUUUAGAGCCAGAACCACCAGCCAGAAGGAAAAGGAACAACUCCAAACAAGACACUAAUGAGAAGGAUGGAGGCACCAGAGGGCGUCGCAGUGCCAUUGAAGCUGAUAUGAAGAUGAAAAAGUGAACUGAGAUGUCUCAAUCCAGCUGUUAUGGAAGUGCAAAUAGGCGUUAUUUCCGUUUCUUUAAGACGUUCUGGCUAAGUUUAGUUACUCAAUGCUUCGGUGGUUUGACACAGCAAUUCAACAGUCCAAUUACAGGACACAAAAAGAAGGGACUUUUUGAGGGCUUGACCCUCUUUCACAGAAACCAUUACUGAAUGGCAAUUCGAAUGAAUUACCUAGACCUGAAAAACUGGUCAAGUGUGUCCUGAGACCAGACACACAGGACAGGACAAACUGACCAUGUGUUUGUUUGAGUUUAGAGCAGUUGGUUAAAAGUUUUUGACUCGAUGUCACAAAUAUAGCUGUUAUUGGCCUUUCAAAAAAGCUGAAUGUACCACCGUCUUGACCACUGGAUGGUUAGAAAUCAGGGUGCCAUUUUCUAGAACGGAGAAUGAAACCUUACAAGCCAUUGUUCAAAGCAAAGAUUACUAUCGCCUUAUCAGUUUGAGAUGAUGUGGAAUGCUGAACGACGGAGGAAAGAGCAAUAAAAGAACGCUUUUUUUCUUC